AAAGGCAAUACUAAAAUGAAGGUAGCAAUAAUAAUUGCAACUCCCAUUCUCGGAGUUAUUAGUGUUGUUCUAAUCACCUAUUACAUUAGCAGGAGGCAUCGAAACAUACAAGGAAGAGAAAAUGGCUGGAGCAAUGAAAGACAAAAUGAAGAUAUAGAACUCCCAUUAUUUGAGUUAGCUAUAAUAUGCAAGGCUACCAAUGACUUUUCUUCCCACAACAAGCUAGGAGAAGGUGGCUUUGGGCCUGUAUACAAGGGUACUCUGCCAGAUGGAAGAGAAAUUGCUGUGAAGAGGCUCUCAAGAAGCUCUGGACAAGGAUUAGUUGAGUUCAAGAAUGAAGUAGCACUUAUAGCCAAACUUCAACAUCGGAAUCUUGUAAAGCUUCAAGGAUACUGCAUUCAUGGGGAGGAGAAAAUGUUGAUUUAUGAGUAUAUGCCGAAUAAAAGUUUAGACUUCUUCAUUUUUGAUGAUACAAGGAGGAGAUUAUUAGAAUGGUCAAGGUGUUUUACCAUUAUUUGUGGAAUCGCUAGAGGGCUUGUCUAUCUACAUCAAGAUUCUCGAUUGAGGAUCAUACAUAGAGAUCUCAAAGCAAGCAAUGUUUUGCUUGAUGAUGAUACAAGGAGGAGAUUAUUAGAAUGGUCAAGGCGUUUUAACAUUAUUUGUGGAAUCGCUAGAGGGCUUGUCUAUCUACAUCAAGAUUCUCGAUUGAGGAUCAUACAUAGAGAUCUCAAAGCAAGCAAUGUUUUGCUUGAUGGUGAAAUGAACCCCAAAAUUUCGGACUUUGGCAUGGCUAGAACAUUUGGAGAACAGUCGGAGGGGAACACAAAGAGAGUGGUUGGAACCUAUGGUUAUAUGGCACUAGAAUAUGCCAUUUAUGGGCAAUUCUCUGUAAAAUCUGAUGUUUUCAGCUUUGGUAUACUGUUGUUGGAGAUGAUAAGUGGGAAAAAGAAUAGAGGGUUUAACCAUAGUCUUAACCUUAUUGAACAUGUAAGCACGGAGAUUGUGGAAAGGAGGACAGGACAUCCUUUUGAACUUAUUGAUUCAUUUUUAAAGGAGUCUUGCAAUCUAUCUGAAGUAUUAAGGUGCAUCCACAUUAGUCUCUUAUGUGUUCAACAACACCCUAAAGACAGGCUAAGUAUGUCCUCUGUGGUUUUGAUGCUGGGCAGUGACACAGCCUUGGAACAACCCAAAAAACCAGGUUUUCUCUUUGACAAGAAAUCACUUGAAACAAUUUCUUCAUCCAUUAAACUGGAAUCAUCUUCAACCAAUGAACUUAGCCUCUCAGUGUUAGAGCCACGAUAAAGGUUACUCGAAAACUACACACCUUGUACUACGUAAGUUUCUGAAUGUUGUUCAGGAAUGCAUGACAUAUACCUUGACUGUUAUUUCAAUCUUCUACUCUUCUGUAGUUGAAUAUUCUAAGUAGCUAACUGGAACUAAUUUCUACUCUUUAACGAUCACCAUUUUCAUCCAAUUUCGGCUUGCUUGAUUUUGUUUUUUGAUCUUGAAUAGCCAGUUAAAUAUGGCAGUGGGUGAAAUGGAGCUUGUAAAUGCCAGACGAGUCCUGUUUUCGG